AUGGGUUUGGAGGUCUUCGCGGACAAGUCCAGAUGGACCACCAAUCUAUACUAUGCGGCAGUCGUCGUUAUUAUCGCCUGCGGGUGCAUGCCAAAAGGUUACGAUGAAGGAGGCUUCAGCGCCAGCGUCAGUCUGGAAUCCUUCGUGAAGGACUACAACCUGGUCAAAUCGCACUGGACACACGACCCGACAGGACUCGCCAACCGCAAAGCAAAUAUCACUUCCUUCAUGGUGUUGGGUGCCGCCUUUGGGUGUCUCCUCACUCUGAAUCUGACCGAUCGUUUGGGCCGUCUGCGCACCUGGCAGCUGGGCGUCAUUGUCUGGGCCACCGGUCUCUUCGUCCAGAUCUUUUCGUCUGGUAUAUAUGGACUCAUUCUGUUCGCGCGCAUCUGGUCAGGUCUGGGCGCCGGUGCGCUCACCGUCGUCGCACCCAUAUAUCUAUCGGAAGUCUCACCGGCAAGGACGAGAGGUGUGGCCGUGAGUAUGACCAUGGUCAUGCUGUUGGCGAUUCUUGCAUUGGGCUUCUUCAUCAACUAUGCCGCCGAAAAGCACAUGGCGCCCACUCGCACACAGUACCGUCUCGUCCAAGCUAUCCCCCUCAUUCCCGUGGGUUUCUGCUUCAUCGCAUCCUUCUUCCUGACCGAAACCCCACGCUACCUUGCCUCGAAAGGACGACACCAGGAAGCGCGCGAAGCACUCGCCCGUCUACGAGGCACUACAACUUCCGAUCCGUCCAUCGAUGCAGAACUCGCCGAGAUCGAGACGCAAAUCCGCGCUCGCGCAGCCGACCUCGCCGGUGCCUCGACGUGGCAGCUUUUCCUGGAAACCCAAUCAUCGUCGAACUACCGCCAGCGAUUCUGGCUCGUCAUGACAAUGCAGACGAUCGCGCAAUGGACCGGCGGAAAUGGAAUCACGUAUUACGUCCCACAGAUCUUCGAAUACGCAGGAGUGUCCGGAUCGGAGCAAUCGCUCAUUUCAUCGGGCGCUUACGGUAUCGUCAAGCUCGUCUUCACCAUGGCUUUCACCUGGGGCCUGAUCGACCUUCUCGGUCGUCGUCGCUGUUUCCUCUGCGGUCUCACCCUCCAGCUCGCAGCACAUAUCUAUAUGGGCGCCUACAUGGGUAUACCGGGAUCAUCGAACAACAAAUCCGCCUCGGACGCCGCCAUCGCGUCCGUUUUCGUCUACGCUGUUGGCUGGUCCAUCGGUCUCUGUACGAUCCCCUACCUCUAUGGCACAGAGGUCUUCCCGACUCGGAUCCGCAAUGUCAGUUAUGCCAUCAGCAUGGCGCUGCAUUGGUUCUUUCAAUUUGCCGUCGUGCGCGUCACGCCUAACAUGUUCGUCUCGCUACAUGUCUGGGGCGCAUAUCUGUUCUGGGCCAUUAUCUGUUUCCUGGGUAUUAUUAUCCUUGGUAUCUGGGCCCCCGAGACUAAGGGCGUGCCCAUGGAACGGAUGGGUGAGCUGUUUGAUGGGCCGUGGUAUUUGCGCUGGCGCGCCAGUAUAAAGACUCUAGAUGAGUCUUCACAGAGUCAAACCGCCUCCUUCCGAAGCGGGACGAGGGAAGAGGAUACGAAACAGCCUGCUUUGAAUGAUGUGCCUGUUUGA